UGUCACUUGGAAUGAGUUGCAUAUUCACUGCAGGUAUGCGAACUCGCUUCUGGUGCAGUGGAGCAGCCUUUCCCAAAAUGGAGUCCAACCAGACUCGCUCUUAAGUCUAGACUUAGAGACACAACCUGGUCUUCAGAUCGCCAUGAAUCUCGCCCUCGUGGACCCCUUCGUCCUCGCCCAGGACUGUCCUGAGGCGCUCACGGAGACAUUACGGAAUGGCCAUGCCACAUGCAUACGUUUCAAUCACAAUGGCGACCUUCUGGCUUCAGGAAGAUUAUCGGGGACAAUCGUCAUCUUCGACAUCGAAACCAACGGCGUCGCCUGCAAACUACGAGGACAUACAAAACAAGUCCAAAGCCUCAGCUGGUCAUCCAACGAUCGAUUCCUCCUCAGCGCUUCGCAAGACUGGAAAUGCAUCCUCUGGGAUCUCCAAGAUGGCACCAAAGUGCGCACCAUCCGGUUCGAAGCGCCGGUCUUCAUGGCCGAACUUCACCCCAAGAAUCACCUACGCUUCGUCGCCGCGCUCUUCGAAGAUCAGCCCAUGAUCGUCAGUCUCGAAGGCGGCGCCCCUGUCAAGGUGUCGCUCUCCUCGAUGCCGAAACGGUCGCAGGCCAUGAAGGAUAAUCUCACGGAGAAGCAAGCGGCGCAGGAUGCGAAGAACACGGCGACGGUCGCACUCUUCACACCAGAUGGAUCGCACGUCAUUUCGGGGACGAACAAAGGCUGGCUGAACAUCAUCGAUCCGGAAACGUAUCAGACAUUGUACUCCAACCGAGUCACUCAGGCCGUUAUCAUCUUGGUACGGCUCACCGCGUCUGGGCGAGAUAUGGUGGUGAACUCGAGCGAUCGGAUCAUCCGCACAUUUCAAUUACCCGACCUCGGAUCCCCAUCACUGGACUGGGACUCUCUACAUCUGGAGGUCGAGCAUAAAUUCCAAGAUCUGGUGAACCGGCUGUCGUGGAAUCAUGUCACCUUCAGCUCGACGGGUGAGUACGUGACCGCAUCCACAUGGAUGAACCAUGAUAUCUACGUCUGGGAACGGUCCCUCGGUUCCUUAGUGAAGAUCCUCGAAGGACCGAAGGAGGAAUUAACCGUAGUCGAAUGGCAUCCCUACCGCCCAUUUGUCGCUGCCGUCGGCCUCGACUCCGGCAGCGUCUACCUAUGGUCAAUCCUCGCCCCGCAGCGCUGGUCCGCGCUUGCUCCGGACUUCGUGGAGGUCGAAGAAAACGUCGACUACGUGGAAAAGGAAGACGAGUUCGACAUCCAGCCGAUCGAAGAAAUCCACAAGCGGCGACUGGACGGCGAAGACGAGGACGUGGACGUCCUGACGGUUGAAGACGCUGGGACACGGUUCACCGGGCACGUGGCGCGGAUCGCGCUCGUCUCGGGGGAAGAGGAGUUCAAGAUGCCCGUGUUCCUCGACGUGGAUAACGCGGACAGCGAGGAUGAGAUUGUUGCCAUCGGGACCGGCCAGUUCCGGAAGAAGAGUCCUGGGACGGGGAAAGAAUGGAUGAACGAGAGUGAGACGCGCGCGGGGUCCACAGGCGUCGCGAGUGGCGAUGAGCGGGCGGUAAAUGGGAACGGACGUACGGAUAGGAAAAGGUCACGAAAGGGAUGAUGGAAUGGGGUGGAUCAUGAACGGCAUCGGCGUAUUCGGUAUACGCAUUGGUAGGGGCUUAGGGUUGGGUGGUGGUCGUCAACUACACUACCAUCGGACAGGCUUCGCGUUGGAUUAUUGGAUAUCUUCUACGGACUUGCGGAGAUCAUCAUGUGGUGAUGCAUUGUUUAGGUGUGGAAACUGUUUCAAACUAUUUAGGUCACCGUUGUUUAGUUACCUAUUAGCUGUUUUACCCCAUCAUGUCAUCAUUCUCGUGGAACAAGCAUAGAUCGACGAUCGAUCGGACGAGCACAUAUUCGUCUAUUUCCAGCUAGGAAUUUAGAUCCGCAACCACAGCCUGGUGGCCUAA